GCAUAGCCCUGAGGUAUAAAGACCUUCUUUCUUCCCCAGGAUAUUUUUUAGGAUCAGCUACAAACAAACCAUCCAUCUUUACCAGUUACCUCGCAGCAAUCCAACCUCACCACCACCACCACCACAAUGAAGCUCCUUGCUCUCCUCUCCGCCGCCGCCGGUGUCUCGGCUCUGCCCCAGGCCCAGCAGGCGCAAGCCAACUACAACUCGUUCUCGGUGAUGUCCGCCCGCUCCGGGUCCCCCGUGCACCUGCUGCCCUUGAACGCCGCCUCCGGGGGCUUCUACCUGGGGCUGCAGAACGCCUCCAGCUACUGCCCGGACCAGGUCGCCGAGCUGGGCGCCUGCCCGCCUGGCACUGAGACGGUGUUUGAUGCCGGUGCCAAUUCUUUGGACGUCUCCGUCCCCGGCGGCCAACAAGUCUACAUCGCCCCCAGCGGCGCCCUGGCCUUCACCCAGCCCCACUCCGCCUACGUUCCCGCCGGCUCCGUCGUCGGCGCCUUCAGCUACUCCCAGACCGCCGGCACCACCUUCGGGUACUGGACCCUGCCCAACAGCGGCCUGAUCGCUUGCCCCGUCCCCGCUGCCGCCGCCGCCUCGUCGUCUGCUGCCCCGUCUGCCACCCCCGCUGCGGGUUCCGCUGCUGCUACCGCCAGCAAGUGGCAGGUCUUCGCUGCCUGGAGCAACGCCACCGUCCCCUCCGGUAACGUCGGUGACUGCCUGGGCUUCGAUGCGUUGGCCGUCGGUCGCAAUGGUAGUGCGGCUGCUUGGGAGUAUAUCUAAACGUACUGUACCUUGUACAGACCCUGUCUGCGGAAUGGGUUGCGGAUUACACCUAUGGCUAGGGUGGAUGGUUAUAAUCUUGGGGAUUCUGAAUGAUUGGUAAUGGAUAUAUGUACUGUAUAUGAAUGCUGGGGGAGAGGGCUGGUAGUGGCCCGUGUUUAUAAUGAAUCAU